AUGGAUGAAUAUUUGUUGGCAAAGUUAGAGAAGGUUUUGGGUUGUACAGCGAUCUCUCGUUCAUCACUAUCAGUUGAUGAAAAUAAAGGAAUUAUUGCAUAUCCUGCUGGUUCCACAGUUGUUUUGCAUAAUCCAAAAACUAAUGCUCAGGCUCAUUUGAUUGGCACAACACGGAACAGUAUAACCUGUUUAGCAUUUUCAAAAUGUGGCCGAUUCCUUGUGACUGGUGAGUAUGGUCACGAACCAAAGGUUCGAGUUUGGGAAAUUUAUGAUCAGGCGGGUCAGUUUUACCCAUCUAAAGUUGCCGAGCUAAAACUGCACAAAUUUGGAAUUGUCUGUGUGCGAUUUACUCCUGACGGCGAGAGAGUCAUAUCUGUUGGUAAUGAAUAUGACAAAGCAAUUGCUAUUUCAAAUUGGCGGAAGCUUUGUACUGUGUCGGAAAAUAGACUAACAUCUAAGGUAAAUGCAUUGGAUAUCUCUGAACAAGGCAAUUAUUAUGUGACUGUCGGGGUUCGUCAUGUUAAGUUUUGGUAUGUCACAGAAAAAACUGCCGGUUCUGGAACAACACCUUUGCAGGGGCGGUCUGCAAUUUUGGCGGAACAGCGGAAUAAUACCUUUGUUGACGUUUGUUGUGCUUCAAAUAACCGAACGUUUUCGAUAACUGAGACUAACCUCUUGUUGGAGUUUCGGGAUAAGAAAUUAACUGGUACUUAUGACUUGCAUGGUGAAAUGCCACGAUCUCUCGUUCUUGGUGGAAAUGAAAUUUUCAUUGGUUUCAACAACGGCACAAUUCGGUGUCUUGAUGUCGACACAAUGGCCCAUAAAUUCUCUUAUUGCAAGCCACAUUACCUUAAAUGCGAUGUUUCUAAGGGUACAAGGAAUGAAGUUUUUCUUCCAGGUUCUCAUCCUCCUGGUUGCAGGUAUCCUGAUGUACGAGCUCUUUGUUAUAAUAAAUCAAUUGGGGUUUUGACAGCUAUCUAUAGUGAUAGGUCCAUAUACAGUUGGCAACGUUUAGAGAACGGAAAUGGUUUGACAAAAUUAUCCUCCCAGUUAUUUCACGUUGGUGCCAUCUACGGUUUAGAAGUUUACCCUACUGCGUUCUCCUGGUUGCCAGCUGGUUCGUUUAUUAGCGUAGGUGCUGACAACACGGUCAGGAUAUGGAAUAUUGAUCAAAGAACGAAACACUUCCAAUCGGAUGCUAGACUACCGCCUAUGCAAACAAAUGUUUUUUCGGAGGAAUUAAAAAAAGUGAUUUAUCUUUCAGAUUCUGCCAACUCACUUGUAGAGAAUCCUGAAAGUCAGUUUUUUGUUAUUUUGUGUGCGGCUUAUGCUACUGUUUUUUACCAGGUACUGAAUGCUUCUCUGGCCGAUGCGUCUACUGGUAUCAAGGCGCUUCGACUUAGUCCCGAUGGGAGACAUUUGGCUGUGGGCGGGAAGGACGGAAACGUUUACGUCUUUGAUCUAACGAUUGAAGAUAUACCUCAAAUAGUGGCACACGAAGCUCAUGAAAAUGAAGUAAUGUGUUUGGAAUAUUCAGACCAGUCGUCAGCUCGUUAUUUGUUGGCAUCUGGUGGUCGUGAUCGUCUUGUUCAUUUAUUCGAUCCUGUCAACAACUAUAUUCCCCUUGCAACGGUUGAUGAUCAUACAAGUGCCUUGAAUUCAAUAAUAUUUCAUUCUAGUGCCGAUGGUCUGGAAUUGAUUACUUGUGCCACUGACCGUCUAAUGGUUAUAAGAAGGCUUGUAGAAUCAACCAUCUCAUCUCCGUUCGGACUGAACAAUGUGACAAUGCUUGGUCCGCACAUUUUUGCUGCUUGUCAGGAUCGUCAACUUAGGUCUUACUCUCUGCAAGGUAAACUUGUGAGACAGGUUAAAGGAGGUAUAAGCGAGGAAGGCCAAUUAACAAAGGUUAAAUUGGACCCGUCUGGGACAUUUGCUGCAACUGUAUCGACUGAUCGUAGUGUUUAUAUUGUUGAUGCGCUUUCUGGUGAAUGUGCUGCCGUUCUUCUGGGGCAGUCUGAUGCCGUUACAGAUGUUGCAUUUACUCUGGAUUGCAGGAGACUAAUUGUUGUUUCGUACAGUGGCUGUAUAUUUGUUUGGCGAUUAUCAAAUCUUCUGUCAAGUAAAAUGGGGACCAAAUUGAAAAAAGCCACGUCGACUGCAGUGCAACGGCCAACAUCUGUAGAUAAAACGAACGAUAGAUCAGAAACACCGGAUAGCUUGAUUGGUAGCGGAAGUGAUGGUGCAAGCGAAGAUAUUCCAGGUGUGCCACGCUACAAGCUAAAGGACUCUGAAUCUGAAUUUGGUUCGUUAACCAGUCUUAAAAUUGCUGAUGAAGAUGAUGACAGUUGCAUAGGGCAAAAACCGGCAAAGGUUGUCCUUAAUCAAGCAGAUAUAUCAUCCAUCGACGCUGACAGGUUCGGCGCUCAGAGUGUUAUUACAGUGUAUUUACACACACAAGUAUUAGAGGGUCAGCAGUGCCAUGGUCGGUUGCCCAAUAGUCGUAUGACGUUCAGUGCUACAUCAUUGACAGGUCAUAUGUCGGUUUUUAGGGGAAAUAGCGGAUUUGAGCUGAGGCGGGUGUCCACAGAAGUUGUUCGACGGAGUAGUAGUGCUUUAAAUGUGCACAACUCUCAGUGGGAUGUUUCUUCUUCGGCCAACGAUGAUGAAGGGGCCUCUGGUGCUGGUGACUGUAGUAGUGUGAUCCCUUCGCAUGCGUUGAAUCAGCCAAAUACUUCAACGAUGUAUGUUGCUAGUAGAUCGAUGUCAAAUUUGCGUCCUGGUGGAACGUUUGUUUCCACUGUGGGAUCACCUCGAAGAAUUAGGAGGAAGUGGGACUUGGCAGAUGAAGGUACUAGUGAAUAUGCUGCGCCUGUAAACUUCACUCAAAAGCCUGCAGAUAUGGGUUCUGCUUUUGUUUCUUGCACUCCUAAUUCUUCAAGCCAUUCGUUGCCUCCUCCUACUCAAACACCGCUUGUGCAGCAGAGUCAGGACUUUAUGAAUGUCACUGCGCCGUCGACAUUGCAAGGGACUGGUCCAAUUCAGCUGUCUUCUGAUACCAAGCUUCAGCCAUUUUUAAACAAAAGGUUGAUGGCUGUGAACAGCGGACAAAAUAAUUCAUAUUUGGCCGCAAGUAAACAAAUAGAUGAUGCAUUUCAAGAUCCUUUGCCAGCUUUAUCCUCACCCGAGUCUAAUUUUGAUAGGAGUUCUAGCAGUCGUUGCAGUUUAACGAAACGUUAUAUGAAUUCGUCAGCUUCAAAUGACGAACCACGUUCUAUACGAACACCUAGCUCAAUUACUGCUCGCAGGGCCACAAUGAACACACAGUAUCCGUACUCGUCAGAAACUUCUUCUGGCAUAUUGCGGAGACGAUCAGAAAUUCACAGCGGAAAUCCUCGUUUGUACCAGCAGAAUGGGGUUUUAGAUGCAUCAAGUGACGAUUCAAAAUCUAUCAGAAGAGCCCGGACUAUGCAUCGCCUAAAACAACGUCGUCUGACCAUUGGUGCAGCUGAAGCAUCAAGUGGAGAAGCUAAAGAUGAAGACUAUAUGUUGUCUGACCUGUACCUUCGAAGUCGAAGUCAAAGCCCAUCGCAUCUUGCAUUGAACGCGUUGGCUGAAGGAACAAGUGAACAACGUCGAAGAAUGGACUCAGAUGUCUCGUUGAGCUCUUCGUUAGCAUCAAGCCGGGUAUUACCAUCAGGAAAUCGAAAAAAUUUGCGUUCUGCUGAGGUUACUAACAAGCUAAAUGAAAUGCGUGACCACUUACGGAAGUCUCAUGAAAAUUUGGCUGGGGCAGUUCCUAGUGAGGCUUCACUUCCGCCACCAUCUGCAAUUAUGUCGAGGUCGCGAUCCAUAGGCAAUCUUCGCUUAUCUGCUUCUGCUUUAAAGAACGGUCAGCGACCUGACUUGUUGGGAUCGAGAAUCGGCACGGGUUCUUUGUUGGAAGGGGGAGACUUUUGUGAAGCAGGAAGGCGGGGUAUUGAUUCCCAAACUCCAUUAUCAUCGCGUAGCCGUUUUAUGGCAAGAUCUGUCGGUAGCUUACAUAGUCAUGAUUCGGCUGAGUCUGGUAGUGGUGAAUCAGGUACUAUACGUUCGGUUAACUUGAAUUCCAGUAGUCGCCUUGCUCAAACAAUGGAAAAUUUGAAGAAAGCAAGCUGUUCUUCUGAGCUUUACUGUUUUGGAAAUUUUAGCAACCCCGAUUUAACUCAGUAUUCUCUGUACGAAACUGUCGCUGCUGACGAGAACUCGAAUACUGCACCAUUUUCAAAUAUACCUCCUCGGUUUAAGCAGCAGGGUAAAGGAGCUGUGCAAAAAAGAGUAUUUUUAUUUGAGGUGGAACGAUAUCAACCUCGUAAUAGAAUGUCUCGUGACACAACAAGUGGAGAAAGUGAUAGUAAUGCGUCAGAUGUCAAUAGUUCGGUUGUGAACGGAGGGAACGCAGUGAAUAUGCAAAGUGUUCCUAAGCGGUACUUCAACCCUCUCAGUGAGACUAACAGAUGUGCAUCUUCGGUUGAAACACCACUGCGAUUCAGUUCCAUUCAGAACACUAAACGUAUAUUUGAACCACAGAGGCAUAAUUCUUCAGGAACUCCCCGACGUGUGCCUAAUUAUCUGGCACAAAAAUUUUCUGCGAACGGACCAAACAAGUCGGACGUUGGGCCUGAAGAAUGUCUUCGGUUAUCAAAAGCAUCUUUAGAGACAACUUCUUUAAGAGAAUUCAGUGGCAAAACUUGUGAAUCAACAAGGAGGAAUGAAGCUGUAGGUGAAAUUGGUGGCGAAAAAAAAAUUUUACUUCUAGGACAGGUGUGCGGAUUUAGGGAUAAUUUGGUUGACGAUCUGUUGCCAAGCAAUACUUGUCUGAUGUGCGAAAGUAUCCCAAGUUAUACUCGACGUACUGUCAAAUUUGCUGAUGCUCCACCUGAAAUCGUACAGUUUUCUUACAGCAGGCCACGUUGGGCAAUUCCUCUUGCUUCUUCAGCAAGCACUUCAUCUAUUAGCGCGCUUAAAAAAGCAUUAGAUGACGAACGGCAGAAGUCUUGCAUGAACACUAGCAGUCGUCCUACUGCUUUAAGAAGAAGUGUUAAGUUGAGUAUUGAAGCUGCACAGAAUUGGAGUCUAAACCGAAAAAAAAUGCUUGCUGAAAACGACGGGUCUGGAAGCGCUCCCCGUAAAGAUGCUUUGAAGAAGCGUAAGGCUUUGGUGGUGACAGGAAGGAAUGAAGUAUUAGAAGAUGAGAGAAGACCGAAUCAUCAUAAUUCGCAGUUCUUGAAAAUGUUGUCUAAAAGUUGCGAUAGUUUAGCGCUGUUGAAUGUUGGGGGCUACACUAAAUGUGGUAUAAGCAGCAGAGUUAUUGGUGGUGAUGAAUUAUUGGCAACCAGUGCCACUCCUCCUCGUCUGAAGAAUAAGUUAAUCAAAGAUGCAGCUUAUGAAUUGAUGCUUAAGCGGACUUUUGCUAGAGCUAAGUUGCGUACAGUUUCAAGGCCGCUUUAUUUUGGGACUUUUUGCCCAAAAGCAGCUAGCCCAGAGUGUGCCGAUAGUCGUUGGAUUUCUGAGAAGUUUGAUUUCAAUGAAACAUAUGAGAAUGGCUCUUUUGAAGCUAAAAGUGAUGAUGAUUUAGAAAUGGCGCGACACAUUGCUGAGUGUCUUGAACAGUUCAAUACUAGCCUCGAUAAGGUGCUGCAGGCGCGUCAGUUGCUUGAAAGCACGCAAGAUCUGCCGCCUGAUGACAAAGAUAGGAUGCUUCGAGUGUUGAACCAGGCUAUAAAGACCGGGAGGAAACGCUUGGAAGUGGGAAACGAACACAAUGAUAGUAUAGAGUCAUAUAAUACUAGCUCGAAUAAUGUUUCUACUCACAGAUCAAGGUGA